AUGAAGUCAGCGACUACCACCACCAAGCUCCCCAAUGGGCAUGGAAGCCUCUACAAGGAGGUGCGCUUUUCCCCUACGGCGACACCAAUUCGCCGCUCGCACUCAGUGCCGAAUAAUCAUCCCACCUUGAACCCGGACCCCGCGCGAACCCUUGAGAUGAAAAAGGAGACCCUUCCGGCUCUAGCGAUCGGAUACCUCGAGGAGUCGCGGUCGCUGCUUAAUCGCCAGCGGAUAAACUUCGAUCGCGAGAGGAUUCUCUUUGCGGAGGAAAGGCAGCUGUGGGACAAGGAGCGGGAGUUGUUGAAGAUCCGCAUUGCGGAGCUAGAGUCGUUGCUGAAAAGCAAAGGCGUUGCGACCGGUGCUGUACCACCCACGAGUCACGGUAUAAGCUUUUCGUCGUCCACCUCCCCUUCGCAGGUAUGGGAGGGGUCAAGUCCCAUGAGCAGGCCUACAAGGGUUUUCCCCGACGAGGAGAAACCAGAGAUCCAAAGCCAGUUCCAGUUCCAUUUGUCUACGGUCCUGGAGCAAGGGGGUGGUAGCCAGACAACAGGACUGCCGGCGCCGUCCCUCGAUGCAGCGCUCUCGCCCAAGUCUCGUGCAACCGACUCAACGACAAGCGUCCCUGUCCCCAUCGAGAAGCUCGACAGCAGGCUCGAUGGCAUCACCCUGAAAUCAUCCGCCCUACCGCCGGAUGUGGUAGCCCGCGUCAUGACACCCCCCUCACCUUCAUCCCGAGAGACAUCUCCCAACUCCUCCCACGACAAACCCUCCAUGGAGAGGCGCAACAGCGUAAAGCUCAAGCUCUCCGACCUCGGCGCCCCCGAGAGGAACCUCGUCCGAGACGCAGGACACACCCCGAUGGUUGUCAUCGAUCGCGACGUGGAUACGGCACAGGGCUCUCCCGGCGAAGGGCCUGCGCUCGUCGAGGGACCCCUUACUCCGCCCGUAACCCGGGUGCGACAGCCUACAGAGCGAUCUGAUUCAUAUUUCUCGGGCGUGAUCGAUCUUCCCGAGGACCCUGCGCUCAAGGGGCCGUUAUCCCUGGUUAAUGAAAAGGACCACGACAAUGACUUUCUUUCGGAAGUUGAUCAAAAGCUCCUUAGCCAGGCGAGACAGAUCCUGGGCGAUGGGUCAAAAAGGGAGGAUGCUAAUGAUGAUGACGAUGCCGGUGACGAGACUGCUGAGAAGCCCUCUGGUCAGGGCGAGGCAGAGCCUGAGAUCAGGUUCAAGAGCACGACGAAUUUUGGGACUGCGUUUGGACAGUCCAUUUGA